GUGCGAUGGCGGGACCGUCUACCUACCCUGCCGCGGCGGGCGGCGGCCGGGAGAAGUCGGCCCGCAUCAUUUGCGGGCCGCAGGUUUAGGGAGAGGCGGCCGGGCGGCGUCUGCCUCACGUGAUCCGCUCUUCCCCUCCCCCUCCCCCCCGCCGCUCCGCGGUUGGUCAAGUUCCGCGCCUGCGCGGGCGCUGGCUCGCGGGCUUGCGGUCCUGCGGGACGUCCGCGGUGAUGGGUUAAAAAAAAUCCUUCAUGAAGAAGAAAGAUCUUAAGCAACAUGAUGGAUUCAGAAACUCAUGAAAAGAGGCCACCGAUGCUAACAUCUUCAAAACAAGAUAUAUCGCCUCACAUUACAAAUGUUAGUGAAAUGAAGCAUUAUUUGUGUGGCUGCUGCGCAGCUUUCAACAAUGUAGCAAUCACAUUUCCCAUCCAGAAGGUCCUCUUUCGGCAACAGCUGUAUGGAAUCAAAACUCGGGAUGCAGUACUUCAGUUGAGGAAGGAUGGAUUUCGAAACUUGUAUCGUGGAAUCCUUCCCCCAUUAAUGCAGAAGACAACUACGCUGGCGCUUAUGUUUGGUUUGUAUGAAGAUUUAUCUUGCCUUCUCCAUAAGCACGUCAGUGCUCCAGAGUUUGCAACCCGUAGCGUGGCGGCAGUACUUGCAGGGACAACAGAAGCUAUUUUCACUCCAUUGGAAAGAGUUCAAACAUUGCUUCAAGACCACAAGCAUCAUGACAAAUUUACGAACACUUAUCAGGCUUUCAAGGCACUGAAGUGCCAUGGAGUUAGAGAGUAUUAUCGAGGUUUGGUGCCCAUUCUUUUCCGUAAUGGAUUCAGCAACGUCCUCUUUUUUGGCCUCCGAGGCCCCAUUAAGGAGCAUUUGCCAACUGCAACAACUCACAGUGCUCAUUUGGUCAAUGAUUUUAUCUGUGGAGGUCUACUGGGUGCCAUGUUGGGAUUCUUGUUUUUUCCAGUUAAUGUGGUAAAAGCUCGCAUACAGUCUCAGAUUGGUGGGGAAUUUCAGUCUUUCCCCAGGGUUUUCAAAAAAAUCUGGCUAGAACGGGACAGAAAACUGACAAAUCUUUUCAGAGGUGCCCAUCUGAAUUACCACCGGUCCCUCAUCUCUUGGGGCAUAAUCAAUGCAACUUAUGAGUUCUUGUUGAAGGUUAUAUGAGAAAAAUCAUCAGUUAAGUGCCAUUUAUCAACUGAAUAGACCUAAGAAGAGUGUGGUUUGGCCUUGUUUCUAAUUGGCCAAAUACAAGUUGGUUUCAUAAGUCCAGGCCACAGUCAAUUAUGGGCAAAGCUGUUUUCCUUAAGCAUCAACAAAAACAGUAAAAGUUUUCAAUAGGAAAAUUUAAGGUUUUUGUUUUAUUAUCAUUACCCAGGAGCUUUAGGCUAAUUGCCUGGUGAGUAGCUGUCUAUCUGAUGGCCUUUGACAAGGAACCUUGAUAGCCAAGAUAAUGAUUCUUUUUCUCAGAACAGUCCUUAAAACUUCUGUAUUGAAACAUACAUGGUCAUGAUGGGCCAAAGGAAAGGCUCUUAACGGCUGCAGGACUUCUCAGGCUUACUCUGCUACUUUAUUUCUUGCUUCUCUGUUCUCAGGAGUAAUCACAAAGGGUAGUCUUCACUAAACUUAAGCAAAUAUGUGGUAGGACAGAACAGAGAAGAAAAACAGCUUAUUAGCUUCUCAUGAUAAAUUGCUUAUAUUAGUUUUGAAACUAAGCACCUAUUGGGGUAGUCACUGUCCAGACUAUUUAGACAUGGUAGGAUCAGCAACUAAUGAAAGUUCCCAUUUUGCUUCGUAGGUCUGAAAAAUUUGUUUAAAUCUGAUAUGACCCUUCUAAAAAAUCCUUAUAUUAGUUUCACUUAUUUCAUUGCCAAAGGAUGGAGGGACUUAAAUUUUGUUGUACGUUUCAUCCUGUUAAGAAAUUUCAUAUUAAUUGCACAUACAUCAUACUCUGUUUAGUUUGUUUUUUUUAAAUUAUUUGUGCCAACUUAGCAAAGGGCUUUGAGUUGGUUUCCUUUGAGUAGUAGCUUGUCAUACUGAAACAUCCUGUUCUCUUGAAACUCUCCUUUUAAAAAAUAAACACUUCCAUAAAAUGUUA